AUGUUGGUGCUUCGCUGCUCCUCUGCUCUCAAGCUGCACCCGCCGGCUCGGAGGAACCCAGCGGCGCCGAGGCUCGCAGACGCGGAGCAUCCCGCGGCUGGCAGCACAGCAAAGCACGCCACGGCCCCGUUUUUCUCCCGCCCAGGACGAGCCCUGCCCCUCCCGGGGGCGGCCCCUCGGCGGGCACAAAGCUCGGCGCGGCGGCUGCCGGUGGGCUCGGUGUUGCUGUCCUGUGCCGUGGCCGCCGCUGCCUCCGUGUGCCGAGCACCGCCCCGCAGUGCCUUCCCGCCCUCGCUGGCUCUCUGCGGCUCAGGGCCAGCUCCCGCUGCUGGUGCUGCUGCCGCCGUUGCUCUCUCCCCCGAUGCUGCUGCCGCUGCGCCCGGGGCCGAGGCGGCGCCCGAGGCCGCCGCCGUUCCCCGCCGCCGGCUACCGGCGCGGCUGGCGGCCAAGCUCUGCACCUGGCAUAUUUUGAAAACGAUAGUACUGGGCCAGAUGCUCUCCUUGUUUAUCUGUGGGACUGCUGUUACAAGCCAGUACCUAACAAACCAAUACCAAGUGAAUACUCCAGUGUUUCAAAGUUUUAUCAACUAUUGUUUGCUUCUUCUAGUUUAUACAACAAUGCUGGCAUUUAGAACUGGCAGUGACAGUCUCUGGCAAAUUUUGAAACGGAGGGGAUGGAAGUAUAUUUUCUUGGGACUGGCUGAUGUUGAAGCCAAUUACAUGAUUGUAAAAGCCUACCAAUACACGACCCUUACAAGUGUGCAGCUGCUGGACUGUUUCGGGAUUCCUAUGCUGAUGGCUUUGUCGUGGUUCGUUCUCCGUGCAAGAUACAGGCUGAUCCAUUUUCUUGCUGUUGCCGUCUGUUUGCUGGGUGUAGGAACAAUGGUGGGUGCAGAUAUUUUGUCAGGGAGGCAGGACAGCGAAGGUAGUGACGUGGUGAUUGGAGAUGUCUUAGUGCUUCUUGGUGCUUCUUUGUAUGCCAUUUCUAAUGUGAGUGAGGAAUACAUUGUGAAAAAUCUGAGCAGAGUGGAGUUUCUAGGAAUGGUGGGCUUGUUUGGGACUAUUAUCAGCGGUCUACAGCUAGCCAUUGUGGAACAUAGGGAGAUAAUGAGAAUUCAAUGGAACUGGAAAAUCGCAUUACUGUUCACAGGCUUUGCCCUGUGUAUGUUUGGGCUGUACAGCUUCAUGCCAAUAGUGAUUAAAGUUACCAGCGCAACCUCGGUCAACCUGGGUAUUCUGACUGCAGAUCUCUACAGUCUGUUCUUUGGACUUUUCCUCUUUCUCUAUAAAUUUUCAGGUCUUUAUAUCCUGUCCUUCAUUAUCAUCAUGGUAGGCUUCACCUUGUUUUGCUCCACCCCAACUCGGACGGCUGAGCCCAGGGCCCUGCCACAGCCCAGCAGCACCGGCUUUGACAACGCUGGGCUGAAGCUCGAGGAGAGUGACAGGGGAACUCCGGCCACAGCUGUGCAGCUCGCAGGAGGAGAAGCUGUGGUGGUCAGCACUGAUUAA